UAUCCAGGCUGACUCGGGGUGAGAGAGAGGAGAGAGACGAGAGAGAGAUCACACACUGAGACAGGACUCUCACACCAGGACUGAGCCAAGGAACAGUUUAAAUCACCAUGCUUUAUUUCACUUACCAAGCAUUGGCUGCGAAUUUCUGAACACCACAAAGUGCGCUCAGCAGUUCGGUUGCACUAAUUUGCCGGUUAUUUUAGUGGAUCGUAGGAAGUGAAGGGCUGUCUUCAGAUUGGACAAGUUUAUUGGCGAGUAUUGACCCAAAGCCGAUUGAAAUCCAAAGACUCAGUAUGACAGACAGUAAAGCCACUAGUGUGUUGACCUGGGAUCAAGUCAGCAGUUUGAAUGAUGUUCUUACCGAAGUGGUCUUUAUUCACGGGCGAGGCAACUUUCCAACACUGGAAGUCAAGCUGAAAGACGUGGUUAAGAUUGUGCGAUGCCGGCUCCUUGAAAGUGGUAUUCCAGUGCGUGAUGUGCGUCUGAAUGGGUCAGCAGCCAGCCAUGUCCUGGUGAAGGAUAAUGGGUUAAACUACAAAGAUUUGGACCUGAUCUUUGGUGUUGAUCUACCAGGAGAAACCGAAUUCCAGUUGGUAAAAGACGUGGUCCUGAGUUGCCUGCUCGAGUUUCUUCCCGAAGGCGUCAACAAGGAACGCAUCACGCCGCUAACGCUCAAGGACGCUUACGUGCAAAAGAUGGUGAAGGUUUGCACGGAUACAGACCGCUGGAGUUUAAUCUCUCUCUGCAACAACCAUGGAAAGAACAUAGAGUUGAAAUUUGUGGACUCCCUAAGACGUCAGUUUGAGUUCAGUGUUGACUCUUUCCAAAUCAUCUUGGACUCCCUCCUGUUUUACUACGACUACUCUGAGAACCCAAUGAGCGAGCACUUUCACCCAACAGUGAUUGGAGAAAGUGUGUACGGGGACUUUGAGGAAGCAUUAGGUCACCUCAGGAAUACCCUAAUUGCGACCAAGGCUCCAGAAGAGAUCAGAGGUGGGGGACUGCUGAAGUAUUGCAACCUUCUGGUGAGAGACUUCAAGCCCACCAGCGAAGAGGUGAUCAAGUCCCUGGAGAGGUACAUGUGCUCUCGUUUCUUCAUAGACUUCCCGGACAUCACGGAGCAGCAGAGAAAGAUGGAGGUGUACCUCCAGAACCACUUCAUCGGCGAGGAGAAGAGCAAGUACGACUACCUCAUGAUACUGAGGAGCGUGGUGAACGAGAGCACUGUCUGUCUGAUGGGGCACGAGAGGCGCCAGACUCUCAACUUGAUCAGCCUCUUAGCACUCAGGGUGCUGGCGGAGCAGAACAUCAUCCCUAAUGUCACCAAUGUGACCUGUUACUAUCAGCCUGCCCCCUAUGUCAGCAACACCAACUUCAGCAACUACUAUGUAGCCCACAGCACCACCUCCUACCAACAGGCGUACCCUACCUGGCUCCCAUGCAACUAAUAAGCAAUGCUAUGUUCACACUUGACUGGUGUGCCGGCCGAUGUCCUUCCCAUUGCCUGGAUGGUGUCUUUCAUUGACGGUAACUGAGAUGGGAGUGUACCCUGUGGCUGUUGUACAUGUUCCGUGAAUUAAAUUGCAAUGGCAAUACAAGGAUAACACACACACUAAUUUUAUGCUGUGUGGGGGGGGGGGGGGAGAGAAAAAUCCAAGUGGCACUACAGUGUGUGACAUGUAUUGUCAAAGAUGCAUUACAACACUAGCAAGAGUCCCUAUAGUACACUGUGUCAUGCUUGGCUGGGAACGCCACUCUUUUUUGCUUUCAACAAAAGAGUUCAAAAAGAAUGUUAAUCCUUCACGGUGUGUUCAGGGGAAAAAAUAAAAUGUUUAAUAAAAAAAUACCAGUGGUUUUCAAGACACUGCACUAAGAGGGAUGGAUCAAAAAGCUUCAUCUAUUGGUAACCAAGUGAAGGGAUGCACUCUGCACAUUAUCAAAAACAUUUUUGUUUAAUCGGCCACAGAGAUAGGGAUUUGAAGCCUAUUACACUCAUUUCAAUCGAAGAUUGACAGUUUCUGAAGAGAAUAUGGGAAGGAAAUAUUUGUGUUAGUCAGAGAGAAAAGAGAAUUGGUCUUUUGGGGCUAUUAAGCUCCAAAGCAACUUAGAAACCAAAUUGCAGGCAAGGCACUGUUUUGGUUGGGUAAUUUGCACAUAAGCUGCUGGAGUUUGAAGAAAUUGCAAUCCAAGUUUCUGUCUCCUGAAUAAAUAACAAAUAUUUUUCAUUUGAGGAAUUGAGUAAAUCUUUUUUGUUAAAACAUUUUAAAUUUUCAAAAGGUAGCAUUCCUUUAAUUGUACAAAACUAGUCGGCGCUGGGUGCUAGAUAAUCUAAUAUCAAUUUAGUUCAUGUUUGUGACAUUGCAGCUUCAGUUUGGGUGAGUAGAAUUAUAUUUUUGGUACUGAAAAUCAACCUUAUGCCUUUUGUUGAUUUUGCACCAUAAGAAUUUUUUUUCAUUUGGCUGCAUGCGUGAGCCUUUUUAAUCUAAGCCACAUUCCCAGUCAAUGGAAAUAUACUGAAGCUAGUCUACCCUUCCCCCAGGUCGGUAAAGCUGGCUUUAGAAAGCUAUGGUGUCUACGAGUGUUAGGAUUUUUGAUCCAUGCCCUUUGUUCAGAGUAUACAGGGGUAAGGAUGAAAUGCACAAAUUCCAGGUUUGAAUACUGUCGGUACAGUUAUUUGGCUGUCAAUAGCUUUGUUUGCAGAAUAAAGAAAUAUAGAUUUUUCUAGGCCAAUCUCUUGCAGCAAACAUUUUGUUAUGGUAACACUGAGUUCCAGUCUAUUUCUCUGGAAAAUUGCUGAUGAGAAAAAUUAUCCUUUUAAUGGAAUUGUAUGACUUUGAGUCUGUCUUGGGAACUGAUGCAUUCAAGGUAACUUGAUGGAAGAUUUAUUUCACACUCUACAGGACUAAAAGUUUGGGUUAUUAAUUUGUUUGCAUUACGUAUAAUCUGUCUUUGUUGCCUAUCUUGAAACCCCCAUGGGUGUAGAAAUCUGUAGCAUUGUAUUGAUCAGCUGACAUUGUCUUUUUUUUAAACACUGGAAAAGAUUUACUUUAGAAAAAUGCAUUGAUCUUAAGAAAUAUGCAAACUAGAAAUUAUUUUGUUUGGCAGAUCAAAUUAAAAUUAACAUCAGGAAAUAUCUUCAGUGUUUAAAGAUGAGCUUGUAAAGAGUGUACUAUAGCACAGUGUACUAUUGGUAAGACCUGGUCUGUGAGACUUCAUUACACUAAUAGGGUGAUACAUUGUAGUCAGUCCAGAUUCAUUGUGAACAUAGUAUUGCUGUACUUUAAAUGCAGCGGAGGGGGAAAGAUCAUUGGCAAUUUAUACCUUUUUAAUAAAAAUUGUAUGCUGACAUUUUCCAAACACCAGCUCUGGAAUAAAUGGAACUGAAAAUAGAAGCUAGAACUUUGCAACGGGAAAGGAACAUUUAUUUUAAGAUUUAUUUUUGAAACGCGUACCAGGGUGUGAGAAAUAAAACUGAAGUUUCGUGUUAACUUCAAGGUGAAAUAGCCCUGGAGUUCAGGGCCCCAGCAAAAUGAAUUGAAGUGAAUUAUGCAAAAUAUUUGUAUUGCAACAUCAGUCACUGAAGUAUUGUCAAUGGGGUUUUGGCAGUGAAUCCUGCUUUGAAUUGUGUAUGUGAAAGGGAAUGUGCCCGAUAUGUCUAGAACAUGUUUGGCAUAUGGAAAAUGGAGGAGGCUGUGAAAUUUUAAACUCUUUAGAUUCUCUUGCACUGGGAUUGCUGCAUAUUGCUGGCUGCCCUUGCCCAUGUAAUGAACGACACGGGCAGCAAAAGUCUUCCAAACUCUUGCACUGUUUGGUGAGGGUGUUAAUGAAUUAUGCAACCAAACCUGUCCUCUAAAUAAACACCAAGUAUGCACUUUCUGAGUCACGAGCUAGUGAACUGAAUUGGAAAUAUUGCGGGAGAGAGUGGAAGGGAAACUCUGAGGUUAGAUAAGGGGAUAACAUUGCACAGAUAGUCAAAUCUAGGACAUUCCUGGUUUCGUCAUCACACAGUCCAUAUACAACAUCAUCACAUCUUGAGAGCACUUUAUAAUGCGUUUCAUUCAUCUGGGUGACCACAAGUGUGCUCUGUAUUGAUGGUGCAUUUAAUAUCAGGGUGCAAUUAAUAUUAGAUGUAGUCAAGUGAGAUAUGAAUGUGUUCAGGAUCUGUAAAUACUGGGUGUGAAUGGUACACAAUGGUUCUUGUGGGAGUGUACGAUUGUUUGGGUUUUAAACCCCUUGACCAGUUGUUAUCCUGUAACCAAGCAGGAGGAUAAAAUAAGGAUCGAUCUCAACCCAUUUUCUUCUGUUUUGUGGUGGGGUUGGUAAGGCAUGGAUGUUGGGACUGGGAUCUCUAGAGUUAAAGCUGUAUUUUUAUUUUCAGAUUUACCGAGCUGUUAUUGGCAGUGUUUGUAAGAUUAAAAAAUAUAUAUUUGUUUUCAGAUUGUAAUGCUGCUGUACAUGCUUUGUACAAACCAAAGAACCUGUAGACAUUUGGUCUGUAUUUGACAAUAAAGACUACCUGAUGAAA